AUGGCGCAUCUACUGAACCCCCUAGCAACGGCUUCACAGCUGUAUCAUCGAUCUUCAUUCUCGGCUCUACCGCAGGAUCUUCAAGACGCCGUCUUUAUCGCUUCGCAAUGCCUCACGCAAGCUGCCGGCCAGCUUCUGGAGCUUCCCCAGUCUGUGACAGCGCAGGCUAACAUCAUCCUCGCACGAUACUGGCUAGUGGACUCUCCCAUGGCCAAUGAGUUUAGUGAUACCUCGGCUGCCGCUAUUUACCUGGUAUCAAAAAUGGGACCCCAGCCUCGAUCACCCCGGGACGUGUCCAACGUCUAUGCCUACCUUCUAUCGGACGAUUCGGCCUUCUUUCGAUCCAACAGCGCGACAGAAAACGACCCCAAGUCCUACUACAUGUCCGAAGCCGACUAUCACACCUUCCAAACCCGACUGCUCGCCAUUGAAGCCCGUAUCCUGUACACUCUCUCGUUCGAUACGCACGUCUCUCUGCCUCACCCACUCGCAAUCACUUACCUCCAAACUCUUGACUUCCUGGCGAAGCCCAAAUCCGCCAUCUCGUUACGCACCAUUCAAUACCUAAACACGGCACUGCUCUCGCCCCAGAUGCUAUACCUCACCCAUCAGCCACAUGCUCUAGCGACAGCUGCCAUAUAUAACGCGGCGCGAGACUUGGGUGCCAAGAUGCCAGAGUGCGAAUGGUGGGAGGUCUUUGAUGUAGACCGGGAAGAGCUCGGAUUCCUCGUAGUAGGAAUGCGAAGUGUGGAGAAUUAUUUGCGCAAGCAGAAGGAAGAGAUACCCAACCUCGCACAGGGUAUGCUUACACGGAAGGUCAUAGAUGAGGAGCUGCAGAAAAGGGGUGUGCACACCGGCAACGCAACUAGUGACGCCGAUGAGGAGCAGCGGAUCAUGGGCAUGAUGGACAGCAGAUAA